ACUCCCUCCAUUCUCGAUGCCCGCCUGCGCCUGCACUGACUCGCUGUACUACCAAAUACCAUCUCAUUUGAACACAUCCUCCAGCCAGCUCGCCAACUUCAACAGCCUCAAAUCCACCACAACGCGCCCAAACAAUUCAAUCUGAGGCGAUCAUCCAUCUCCAGUUACUCUUAACUGUGUUUCCUCCAAUUUUCAGCAAUUAAUUCGAUGACUUUCAACCGCUGCUGUGACUGAUGCAAUGCACGUCGAGCAGUUGCGCUCGAAAAAGUCUGAAGCACAAAGAUGUUUGUGGUCGAGGAAGCGGAAGUUGUCUGAACUUUUCUCUGUCGCCGCGUACCCUCUACUGCCCGAGGACCCGGCGUACAAUCAAAAGUUACAGGCUUUCCAAGAUGCAAACGACUUAGAAAGUGGUCGACUCUUCGAUGAAGCGACGCUCCCUCCGAAAACCCAUAUAACCCUUCGAUCACGACAAUCUAAACUUUCUCCUCCUGUCACAACCAUACUCUCGAUCGGGAGUCCUCUCUCACAAACUGCCGGUCAUUCUAAGAGCAAAGUCUCGUCACCAUCACCUCUCAAAGAUGCGCCUAAGGCUGCUUCUUCAGAAACAGCCACACCCUUGCGCGACGAGGCCGAUGAUGGUGGACAUAUUGCAACACGACAAGUAGCAGAUGGUGACGAAAGCCCUGACAGAUCAGAGCAACAUGUGUUCUCGGCAGCCCAGGGAGACGACGCGCCUAGCUUAGGCGUAAACGUUGCCGUCGUCAAUGGAGCGUCGAAGUCGUCCACGCCGAUGCCUAGUCCAAAACCACCAGAAGAAGGUCCUCAAAAAUCUAUUACGGAGGCUAGUGAUGCUAUAAGAGAAGGAACUCCUGCUGUCGCGACACUUGAACCUCCCGCUGAACAGCAACCAAGUCGAAGUCCACCAGUCCUUGCGCCUGUGUCUUCGGCCGCCGAACCUCAAUCCUCCCCAGCAUCAACGAAUGGGCCAGAGUCUGCGAUCACGCCUGCCCCAACCGCAGGCUCACCUGGCACGAGCCCUGGCAUGGACCUACACCCCGGUGCAGCCGAGGUACUUCAGCAGCAGAAAGAGACUCGCGAGAUUCGCGCGGAUUCUGAGCGACCACCGCUGAUUGUUGGCGACAAGGAUCAGCAGACAGUAACUCAAUCACCCGUUGCUAAGGCGGACACGAGCCAGGCCGUCCUGGAGAAGGAUAGCGUAUCCAAGAAGCCAAGCGUGCGCGUCGAUACUCAAACUGACAUCGAAUCCUACUUCAAGCCACGACCGAGUACCGAUGUAGUGGAAAGUCCUGCUCAGAUGACUGCUGCUGGUACCCCAAAACGUGGACAUUCAGCUACGCCGUCGGGAAACGAACCACCAAAGCGUGCGACCAGAAUAUCUUCUGGUGUUUUACAGAAAAAAUCCGUAUCGGAAAUCCUGGGUGAAGCCCCCAAAGCAACUACCCCCCAAGGUGAUUCUCCGCAAUCAACGACGCUCCGCGAUUCUUUUGCACUGUCAACUCCGGACGCCCGAAUUGGCGAGCGCCGUGAUAGAGAACGAAGUAGGUUGUCAACGGUAGUCUUCGCUAAGCCACAGAAGACAUCUACUGAUGAUGGACAUCUUGCAUUGGAGCGCCUCAACAACCGCGAAACACAAAAGGCUAGUCCGAAAGAGAGAGAUUAUCUCUAUACGCUAUUCGAGAACAAGGCUCACUCUAUGUCAAGACAGACGUCUAUGACUUACCUUAUUCAAAAUGCUCACAAGACUUUAUCCACAACAGAUCAUCUUGUCGAAUAUGAGCUGUCGGCUGAGUGUAGAAUCUUGAAGCGUCUUUAUCAACUACAAGAGAAACAACGAUGGGCAUUGAGGCAAUAUAAGCGAGCGGAUGAAGCUCCAAGACCGACUUCCCACUGGGACUACUUCCUCGAUCAUAUGAAGUGGAUGCGGACAGACUUCAAGGAGGAGCGAAAAUGGAAACUCGCCGCUGCGAGAAGUCUUGCAGAAAGUUGUGCAGAGUGGGUGGCUAGUUCACCCGAGGAGAGGUUUCGUUUACAAGUGAAAGUCCGGCCACCAAAGAUCUUGAACAAGCCUGAGGAGCCAGAGGAGCUAGAGGAUGUUAACAUGGAAGAUCUUCCUGGUCCUACCGCUUCUUCACAUCCAACACCGGACUUGAUGCCCUCAAAUGAGGAUGACUCCAUCAGUGAUGAUAUCGCAGAUCUUCGGGACCUCCCGAUGACCGUCGCGCCGGCCGCUCUCUUUUCUCUUGGCUCUUCCGAGUUCAAUUUCCCUGUCGACCAUACACCUGCCCUGGACAAGCUGUUGAACGAGCUGCCUCUGUAUGGACCGUCAACUUUCGAGUUUGACUUUGCCCAGUCCAACCUGGCCGAGCGCCUGGACUCAAAAUGGAAGACGGACAUCGUACCUGUUUCGAGGUGGGCCACCGAUAAACUACCAAUCAAAGACUAUCGGCCGCCCAUUAAACGAAGUCGAUAUGAGUAUGAGCUCGAAUUGUCGCCAAGGAAGAAAUCAGCGCCUCUUCCAGCUGAGGAUACCAACGUUGCAUUGUUCAUGCAAGAAAACAAACCCAUAAGGGACAGAAUUCAUCCUGGCCAUUCGUUCCGCCCUCCAAUGGAGCAUCCUAUGCCUCAUCAAGCAUUCUUCGAAACUAGAAGUUCUUCUCAGUGGACCCACGCGGAGGAUGACGAGCUUAGGAAACUUGUUAAGGAUUACUCCUACAAUUGGUCGCUGAUCUCAAGCUGUCUAACUCCUCGGGGUUCAUACACGUCUGGAGCUGAUCGUAGAACACCCUGGGAAUGCUUCGAGAGAUGGAUUGGAUUGGAGGGUCUGCCUGCAGAUAUGUCCAAGACACCCUACUUUAAGACAUACUCUGGUAGGAUUGAGGCUGCUGGUAGACAUGUCGCGGCACAAAUCGAGGAAGCUCAACGAAGAGCUGGAGCGAAUGUACAGAUCCCUGUUAGAAAGAGAACGACUCAACCAGUUCGUGUAGAACGGAAGCGGACCCAGCGACAUCUCGCAAUGCUCGACGCAAUGCGCAAAUUGGCGAAGAAACGCGAAGCCGCGGUUCAGAAACAACAACACCAAGCUGACCUCGCUGCAAUGCGCAAAGUCAACGAUGCAAAUGUUCCCAAGCCAUCGUAUAAAACCCCUGCCGAAUUUUCGCAGCUCAAACAGGAACGGGAAGCGAAGCUGGCAGAGCGACAGGAAAUAUACCGGCAACAGCUGAUUGCUCAUCAACGUGCUACCGCUCAACAACAGCGUGCUCAGAGCUCUCAGCCAAAUAAUAUGCCAAACGGUAUGCCUCCUAGCGCGCCCAACAUGCGUGGGCCUCCUGCAGCUGGCGGCAUGCCUGCAAUGCCAAAUGGAGGUCUGCAGGUGCCUAAUGGUCACCCUCGUCAUCCUAUGCUUGCAAUGCAACAAAACAUGCAGCUGGCUCCUGGUAUGGUAGGACCAAAGCUCACACCACAGAUGCAGGCACAAAUGCAAGCGCAGAUGGCCGCCCGUGGAACAGCGACCUCUCCUCAACAAAUGCGUAUACUUCAGGAAGCGAGCCGUGUCCAGCAAGAACAGCUGAUGCGACAAGCGCAACAGGCACAGAAUGGAGCCUAUUCCUCGCCUAACAACAGUCAGGCUGCCCUAGCGGCUGGCAAAGGUAUCAACAACGCAGCGUAUAUGGCUGCCAUGGGUGGUGCCAACGGUGUAGGGUCUCCUGCCAACAUGAGCCAUGCCUCUGCAUCACCUCGUCCUGCUAGCUCAGGCCAGGCCUUGUCAAGCGGUCACAUUCCUGUCCUUACGCAGAUCGCGAAUAAAAUCCGCGAACAUCACCCGAACCUGUCAGAUGACGAUGUCAAUCGUCUUGCUUCUCAACAAAUCACCCAGUAUCAGCAACAAGCCACCGCUGCUGCGGCCGGGCAGUCGCAAAAACGCCAGCAGCCCCAUAAUCAAGCAGCUUUGAAUGCAGCGAUCGGUGCCGUCAAUGCUGGGAAUCAUGCAUCGAAUGCCGCCGCCGCUGCAGCUGCGGCUGCCCAAUAUGGUCAACCGACAAUGAUGACGCAAGAGCAAAUCCAGCAGUACAAUCAGCGGAUGCGCAUGCAGCAGGCACAACAACACGCAGUUAGAGGCAUGCAGGGCCAAAUGCAACAAGGCAUGAUUCCUAAUGGGAUGAGCAACUCCCCUGUGAUGAACAUGGCUCGGCCCGUCAGUCAACACACGAAUCAGGGACAGAUGAGUCGGAGUGCAACUCCAAGGGACCAACGCAGCGGCAGCCAGAGUAAUGUUAAUGGCAACGUCAAUGGCGGUGGUGCUGGUACGGGGUCUGGCCCGCAAAGCAGUCCACGUCCGGCGCCGGCACAACAAACUUGAGCGGGAAGGUGUGGUUGACGUACGCAUUUACAAGGAGACUGUGCAGACGUUCAUGUACGAAAGUGAACAAGGAAAUGAUUUUGCUGCGUCUUGACACCAACAAGGGUACUUAUAUAGUGUGGACGGGCAAUUUUUAUGCGAGCUGUUUGAGUACAGAAGAGGGAGGGAGCAGCAAGUCCGGCGUAUCAAGUUUCGGAAUGUUUGCACUUCAGUUUGAAAAGGAAAAAGGGCGAGAGAUUUGCAAUGAUAAUUUUACGUUCUUCCCCG